CUGUGUCCUGUACAUGCUCUUGUCUCCCCUGCAGACCAUGCUGUGCCCCACCUCACCUCACCUAGCCCUCCUGGCCCUGCUCUCUGUGGCUGGCGCUGUGGGUCCGGAGGAGCCAUGCCCGUCUGAGAAGAACCUGAUCAAGGACCAGCUGCAGGUCAAUUGCUCCAGAAAGGGGCUCAGCGUGGUGCCACUUGCUCUGCCCAGGAACACCGGCAUCCUGCUGCUCAGCGCCAACCGCCUGGCAUCCGUCUCCACUGCCUCCUUCCAGCACCUCCGUGAGCUGGCUGAGCUGGACUUAUCAGGCAACGCACUGGGUGCGCUGCUAACUGGGGCUCUCCUACCCUCGCUGCAGGAGCUGAUCCUGUCCCACAAUGCCCUGGAGGUGCUGCCCACACUGCAGGGCCUGCCCGCCCUCACCCGCCUGACCCUGGCUCACAACAACAUUACAGAGCUGCUGCCAGGGGCCUUCCGGGACGUGGGGAAGCUGACGGAGCUGAAUCUGCGGGGGAACCGGCUGCGGACACUGCCAGACGAGGCCUUUGAGGGCCUGGCCAUGUUGAAAGACCUGGAUCUGUCUGAUAACGCCCUGGAGGAACUGCCACGGGGGCUGUUGGCUGGGCUGGAGCUGAACACACUGUGGCUGUCAGGGAACCAGCUCCGCACUCUGCCCAGCGGCUUCUUCCCCGAGGGGCACAUGUUCGCCUAUGUCUACCUAGCGGGGAACCCCUGGCGCUGUGACUGUGGCCUGGCCUAUCUGCGGGACUGGAUCGUGGACAAUGACAUCAGCAUCUACAUCCAGGAGCAGAGGACAGACGGGCUGCUGACUGAGAAUAAUCCCCGUAGCCCCGUGUGCGAUGCGCCCCUCAGACACCACGGGCUCCCUAUCAUCGAGUUCCAGCAGACCAUGCUGUGCCCCACCUCACCUCACCUAGCCCUCCUGGCCCUGCUCUCUGUGGCUGGCGCUGUGGGUCCGGAGGAGCCAUGCCCGUCUGAGAAGAACCUGAUCAAGGACCUGCUGCAGGUCAAUUGCUCCGGAAAGGGGCUCAGCGUGGUGCCACUUGCCCUGCCCAGGAACACCGGCAUCCUGCUGUUCAGCGCCAACCGCCUGGCAUCCGUCUCCACUGCCUCCUUCCAGCACCUCCGUGAGCUGGCUGAGCUGGACUUAUCAGGCAACGCACUGGGUGCGCUGCACACUGUGGCCUCCCUGCCCUCGCUGCAGGAGCUGAUCCUGUCCCACAAUGCCCUGGAGGUGCUGCCCACACUGCAGGGCCUGCCCGCCCUCACCCGCCUGACCCUGGCUCACAACAACAUUACAGAGCUGCUGCCAGGGGCCUUCCGGGACGUGGGGAAGCUGACGGAGCUGAAUCUGCGGGGGAACCGGCUGCGGACGCUGCCAGAAGAGGCCUUUGAGGGCCUGGCCAUGUUGAAGGACCUGGAUCUGUCUGAUAAUGCCCUGGAGGAGCUGCCACGGGGGCUGUUGGCUGGGCUGGAGCUGACCACACUGUGGCUGUCAGGGAACCAGCUCCGCACUCUGCCCAGCGGCUUCUUCCCCGAGGAGAACACGUUCGCCUAUGUCUACCUAGCGGGGAACCCCUGGCGCUGUGACUGUGGCCUGGCCUAUCUGCGGGACUGGAUCGUGGAGAAUGACAUCAGCAUCUACAUCCAGGAGCAGAGGACAGACGGGCUGCGGAUUGAGAAUAAUCCCCGUAGCCCCGUGUGCGAUGCGCCCCUCAGACACCACGGGCUCCCUAUCAUCGAGUUCCAGCAGACCAUGCUGUGCCCCACCUCACCUCACCUCUCUGUGGCUGGCGCUGUGGGUCCGGGGGAGCCAUGCCCGUCCGAGAUGAACCUGAUCAAGGACCAGCUGCAGGUCAAUUGCUCCGGAAAGGGGCUCAGCGUGGUGCCACUUGCCCUGCCCAGGAACACCGGCAUCCUGCUGCUCAGCACCAACCGCCUGGCAUCCGUCUCCACUGCCUCCUUCAGGCACCUCCGUGAGCUGGCUGAGCUGGACUUAUCAGGCAACGCACUGGGUGUGCUGCACACUGUGGCCUCCCUGCCCUCGCUGCAGGAGCUGAUCCUGUCCCACAAUGCCCUGGAGGUGCUGCCCACACUGCAGGGCCUGCCCGCCCUCACCCGCCUGACCCUGGCUCACAACAACAUUACAGAGCUGCUGCCAGGGGCCUUCCGGGACGUGGGGAAGCUGACGGAGCUGAAUCUGCGGGGGAACCGGCUGCGGACGCUGCCAGAAGAGGUCUUUGAGGGCCUGGCAAGGUUGAAGGACCUGGAUCUGUCUGAUAAUGCCCUGGAGGAGCUGCCGCAGGGGCUGUUGGCUGGGCUGGAGCUGAACACACUGUGGCUGUCAGGGAACCAGCUCCGCACUCUGCCCAGAGGCUUCUUCCCCGAGGGGCACAUGUUGGCCUAUGUCUACCUAGCGGGGAACCCCUGGCGCUGUGACUGUGGCCUGGCCUAUCUGCGGGACUGGAUCGUGGACAAUGACAUCAGCAUCUACAUCCAGGAGCAGAGGACAGACGGGCUGCGGAUUGAGAAUAAUCCCCGUAGCCCCGUGUGCGAUGCGCCCCUCAGACACCACGGGCUCCCUAUCAUUGAGUUCCAGCAGACCAUGCUGUGCCCCACUUCACCUCACCUCUCUGUGGCUGGCGCUGUGGGUCCGGAGGAGCCAUGCCCGUCCGAGAUGAACCUGAUCAAGGACCAGCUGCAGGUCAAUUGCUCCGGAAAGGGGCUCAGCGUGGUGCCACUUGCCCUGCCCAGGAACACCAGCAUCCUGCUGCUCAGCACCAAUCGCCUGGCAUCCGUCUCCACUGCCUCCUUCCAGCACCUCCGUGAGCUGGCUGAGCUGGACUUAUCAGGCAACGCACUGGGUGUGCUGCACACUGUGGCCUCCCUGCCCUCGCUGCAGGAGCUGAUCCUGUCCCACAAUGCCCUGGAGGUGCUGCCCACACUGCAGGGCCUGCCCGCCCUCACCCGCCUGACCCUGGCUCACAACAACAUUACAGAGCUGCUGCCAGGGGCCUUCCGGGACGUGGGGAAGCUGACGGAGCUGAAUCUGCGGGGGAACCGGCUGCGGACGCUGCCAGAAGAGGUCUUUGAGGGCCUGGCAAGGUUGAAGGACCUGGAUCUGUCUGAUAACGCCCUGGAGGAGCUGCCGCAGGGGCUGUUGGCUGGGCUGGAGCUGAACACACUGUGGCUGUCAGGGAACCAGCUCCGCACUCUGCCCAGAGGCUUCUUCCCCGAGGGGCACAUGUUGGCCUAUGUAUACCUAGCAGGGAACCCCUGGCGCUGUGACUGUGGCGUGGCCUAUCUGCGGGACUGGAUCGUGGACAAUGACAUCAGCAUCUACAUCCAGGAGCAGAGGACAGACGGGCUGCUGACUGAGAAUAAUCCCCGUAGCCCCGUGUGCAAUGCGCCCCUCAGACACCACGGGCUCCCUGUCAUCGAGUUCCAGCAGACCAUGCUGUGCCGCACCUCACCUCACCUCUCUGUGGCUGGCGCUGUGGGUCCGGGGGAGCCAUGCCCGUCCGAGAUGAACCUGAUCAAGGACCAGCUGCAGGUCAAUUGCUCCGGAAAGGGGCUCAGCGUGGUCCCACUUGCCCUGCCCAGGAACACGGGCAUCCUGCUGCUCAGCACCAACCGCCUGGCAUCCGUCUCCACUGCCUCCUUCCAGCACCUCCGUGAGCUGGCUGAGCUGGACUUAUCAGGCAACGCACUGGGUGUGCUGCACACUGUGGCCUCCCUGCCCUCGCUGCAGGAGCUGAUCCUGUCCCACAAUGCCCUGGAGGUGCUGCCCACACUGCAGGGCCUGCCCGCCCUCACCCGCCUGACCCUGGCUCACAACAACAUUACAGAGCUGCUGCCAGGGGCCUUCCGGGACGUGGGGAAGCUGACGGAGCUGAAUCUGCGGGGGAACCGGCUGCGGACGCUGUCAGAAGAGGCCUUUGAGGGCCUGGCUAGGUUGAAGGAGCUGGAUCUGUCUGAUAACGCCCUGGAGGAACUGCCACUUGGGCUGUUGGCUGGGCUGGAGCUGCACGUGCUGUGGUUGUCAGGGAACCAGCUCCGCACUCUGCCCAGCGGCUUCUUCCCCGAGGGGCACACGUUCGCCUAUGUCUACCUAGCGGGGAAUCCCUGGCGCUGUGACUGUGGCCUGGCCUAUCUGCGGGACUGGAUCGUGGAGAAUGACAUCAGCAUCUACAUCCAGGAGCAGAGGACAGACGGGCUGCUGAUUGAGAAUAAUCCCCGUAGCCCUGUGUGCGAUGCGCCCCUCAGACAUCACGGGCUCCCUAUCAUUGAGUUCCAGCAGGUCUGCGGCAAAGCAGGGGACACAGACUUGGAUAGUUAAGGGAGAAUUACAGAGGAGGGAACCCCUGUCCCCUCCACUAUUGUCUCCUCCACCACCCUGCCCCCAGCCACUCCCAUGCCUCCCACUACUGCCCCCUCCACCAACUCCAUCUCCCACCAUCCUCAGCCAGAAAAUCUCCCACCCUGGAGCUGGAACAAAGCAGUCGCCCCCUAGAAAGAAAAGGCCCCAUAUCCUACUCCCCACCCCCAUCAGCCUACCAAUCCCCUGCCCAAGGCUAGAUCAAAGUGGCACCCAUUAGAAAAGAAAGAGAAAGAGAAGAGAAAUCACAGAUGGUUUUGUGGAGAUGUGAGGAGUCUACAAGUUUUGUUUGUUUUUCCUGUCUUUCAGUUUCAGAGCUAGAGCAACUUACAGUCCAGGUUCUUAAGGGGCAUUGCUAUAGUGUAGGGUCACAUGCCAAAUCUGUCCCAAUGAGUCAUGACACAAGAAGGGAUCUGGUUAGUUUAGCAGCCAAUCCCUGUAACCACACAACUCCUUUGAAGGAAAAGAAAGAUCAUAAUAUGGGAAGGGGAGAUCAAAUCAAAGAAUUGGCAAUAAAAGUUUAUCUGGAAUGAAAUAAAAACGGAGGCAGGAAGUAUAUUGUAUAAUCAGAUUUCAUUCAGAUUUUCGAACAUAGUUUUCUCCAGUUCUAUGGGAGAAUGAGACUUCACGGUUGAUAUUUUUGUACACCACAAGGGACAUAAACGCACAGAUGGUUUCUCUAAUGUAGUGAUUAGCAUCUUGGUCUGAUCUCUGACAGGUCCCUGGUUUGAAACAAAGCAGAGAUGAUACAUUUUCCUUAUUUUUUUCAAUUGCUCUUGCUUUAAAUGUAGUCUAAUAUUUAAUGUUUUCGCAGCUCAUUGAGGUCAAAAAUCAUGUUCACAUAUGGGAAGUGUCACAACUAUCCUGAAUGGAUGGACAAUACAUUAGUCCCUCUUGCUCAGCUUAUGCUUUUAUAGUGGCCGGUAGCAAGCUGAGUCAUCCUGAUAGGUGACUGUAGAUAAUGUUUCCUGGUCGUAUUCCCACAGUGACAUUCUCAGAUGACCAACAUCCCCCAUCUUUGGAAGGAAUAAACUGCUAACAUUUGGACCUGAACUUGGAAACCCAGCCUUUAAUAACAGGAAGCUCAAGUUUGGAAUACAUGUUUACAAUUUGUAUAAAACUCAAUAAUCCAUCAACCUAGUGUCACAAUAACUUUGAAAUUGCUUUAUCCUUAUGGUUUGCCUAGAAUUGAAGUAAAUAUGUCUUUAAAUAUAAAGGAGUCAAAUUAAAUCA